GUUUUAGGAACACCGUUACUGUAUAAAAUGCACGCAAACUUGCAAGUACAGUACAUUAAACAUGUUCUUGUAUCUAGCAAUUCUUCCUUUCUGUGCUGUUGUUUCGGCACUUCCUACUGAACGAGAUGAUGUUGUGUAUCCAACUGUAGAGACGUUCAGAUCCGGGGUAAAACGUAUUAGAUUUCGAGCAUUCGAUCAGAAUAUAGACUUGAGAGUAGAACCAGCCAGCGAAAUAAUUUCAGAUGAUCUUGCAAUUUGCGAGGGAGAAGGAAGUAAAAUUGAAAAUUACGUGGACGUCAAAAAUAUUAAGCGAAAAAUUUACAGAAAUGAGGAAAAACGUGCAGCCCUUCUCAUAGAUGACGAUGGUCCUCUAACUAUUAAAGGAAUUGUCAAUACAGAUUUAAAAAUAGAGCCGCAUGAAUCCGAAGAAAUGGCUAAAGAUGGAGUAAGAGCACAUCGCGUUAUUGAAUUGAAAAAAGGCGAAGAGGGUCGAAUCAGAACCAACGAUGCAGUGAUUAUUCCAGAGAAUAUAGGAAUGAACGAAACUGAAAGUGAAAGACAGACGGUCACUUGUAUUCAGGUUGAAUUGGUAUUAAUUCUAGAAAGUAACUAUACACAUUUUCAUAACAACGACAAUAAUGUCCUUAUUAGUGAAUGUAUUAUCAUUGCAACUGAAAUGCAAAACCUAAUUGAAAGUGUGAAAUUAAAUAUUCAAAUUAAACUUAUAAAAAUUAUAAAAUUUACCGUAGAUUAUGAAGCAUCUUUCAUUGAAGCUAGCGCUCUUGAACAAGAUCGAAAUUGUUUAGAUUCUUCAGGAAUAAUAGCAAAUAUGAAGACAUUUUAUCAAGAUAAACACGAUCAAACUGUCAACAUCGCGGAUUUGGCCUUAUUGAUAACCGGGAGAAGAAUGUGCGAUCUUUACAGUAAUAGAGUUUCAUACGGAACAAUAGGGAUAGCUUACGUUGGUGGAGUUUGCAGUUAUAAAUAUAAAUUUGGGGUCUCGGAAUUUCAGCAUAACACCUUUAAAUUCCAUGAAACUUGUGCACACGAAGUUGCUCAUUUAUUGGGAAGUCCACACGAUGAAGAUGAUCCCGUUUCAAGCAUUUCUCGAAGUCCCGGAUCAAAAGAUUGCCCAUGGUCAUGGGGAUUUAUUAUGAGCUAUCUAUCAAACUGGCAAAAUGGAACUUUAUUCUCUUCAUGUACUAGGGCCAAUAUUGAAAAUUUAUCCGGGUUAUAUGCUGCCCGUUGUAUUAAAUGUUAAAAGAAAAUCAACUUAUUAACAACUAGAAGAAUGAUUUACGAAAAUAAUGAGUUCUAAAUAUUUUCGGCUUAAUUCAGCAUUGUUUUUUUUCGAUAAAUAAAAAUUUUAUUAAAGAUUA